CCAUGACUGAAAUCAAUCCGCUUGAUGUGCUGGCCAUAAAGAACGUGGUAUCACGUUACUGCCAAGCGCUGGAUUCGAAAGACUUCGAUAUGUUAGGCGAGGUGUUCGUUCCAGAUGUUGAAGCGAACUAUCCCUUCAACAACAGCAUGAAGAGCUUGAGCGAAGUGAAAGACGCUAUCAAGAGCCGUCUCGGACCGGUCCGCACACACCAUAGCCUUACAACGCAAACCAUCACUUUCAGGCCUGACGUGCGCACGGCGCAGGUAGAGACAUACUUCCAGGGAGUGCAUUUUGGACAGGGCCCACAUGAGGGCAAGAUGCUGUGCGCAUACGGUAAGUAUAUCGACAACGUGAUGCUGCUGAAGGCAGAAAACGAUAAUUACGAGGGUGUACGUGGUGCGAGCGGAAUUUGGAGAAUCACGAACAGGACGGUGACCUUUACCCAGAGGAUUGGCGAUGAGAAAAUUAUGCAGGAGCAUUAAUUUACAUAAUGUCACUGAUUCUUUUGUUUUCUAUGGGAGAAUCACUAUCGAGGCUCUCUUGCCUCUCUUAGAAAGUUCGUGUUGACGGCCACGUAUGUGACGACACUACGCCUUCUCUCUGGUCCUUUCCAUCUGCAAACAACUUCUGAUAACCACUCACAAUACACUCUGUGCCUGC